AUGCAGAGGCCGAGAGGCCCUUGGAGUUUGCAGAACCCACAGCAGGAAAACUCGACACGCGAGGACCUGGAGAGCGGACGCGAGUGCGCCCCGCGCGGCACGCGCUGCACCUCCGCGGGCGCGCGCCCCUCCGCGCCCCCGCCGCCGAGCAGCUCCCGGCCCGACCCACCCCGCGCCCCAGCCCGCGACCCCCGGCCCGAGCCCCCUCGUCAUUGGCCGCGGCCGUCACGUGCGGCGGGCGGGUCCCGGCGCCUCCACUCGGAGCGCGCCCGCGGGCAGCGGUGCGGACCUGUGCGCCGGCUCCCCGCGUCCUCCUCGGCCGCGCCGUCCGCGCGCUCUUAUUUUAGCCGAGCCCUGAGGCGGCGGAGGCGGCGGCACCGGCACCAGGGUGGGGGCGCCAGGCGCUGCAGCACCGGCGGCUCCGGAGCGCGGCCCCCGUCAUCCCUGCCCCCAGCCUGGGAAUUUUCAGGUGGGCGGCGGGAUCGCCCCGCGCCCCGCGCCGCCCCCGCGCAAUGCCCCGCGCCGCGAUGCCCGGCCCGGCCCGGGCCACCGCCGCCGCCUGAGCGCCGAGCCCGGGCCGAUGGGCUGGGCCGAGGGGCGGCUCCGCAGUCGCAGCUCCAGCCGCCGGGGCGUCCUCCUGCGCAGCCCGCCGCAGCGUGA